AUGUACGGACGUAGCAACAGAAGGCACGAGGAGAGUGGGAGCACGGAGUGCCAGCAGAGACAAGCAGUGACUCCACAGCCAGCAGAGACAAGCAGUGACUCCAAGCAAGCAGAGACAAGCAGUGACUCCAAGCAGCCAGCAGAGACAAGCAGUGACUCCAAGCAGCCAGCAGAGACAAGCAGUGACUCCAAGCAGCCAGCAGAGACAAGCAGUGGACUCAAGCAAGAGCCAAGCAGUGACUCCAAGCAGCAGCAGAGACAAGCAGUGACUCCAAGCAGCCAGCAAGAGACAAGCAGUGACUCCAAGCAGCAGCAGAGACAAGCAGUGACUCCAGCUGACUCCAAGCAGCCAGCAGAGACAAGCAGGACUCCAAGCAGCCAGCAGAGACAAGCAGUGACUCCAAGCAGCCAGCAGAGACAAGCAGUGACUCCAAGCAGCCAGCAGAGACAAGCAGUGACUCCAAGCAGCCAGCAGAGACAAGCAGUGACUCCAAGCAGCCAGCAGAGACAAGCAGUGACUCCAAGUGACAAGCAGCAUGACUCCAAGCAGAGCAAGCAAGCAGUGACUCCAAGCAGCCAGCAGAGACAAGCAGUGACUCCAAGCAGCCAGCAGAGACAAGCAGUGACUCCAAGCAGCCAGCAGAGACAAGCAGUGACUCCUUGA